AUGUCUGAGACCGCACCGGCACCCGCUGCUGAGGCAGCGCCCGCCGCCGCCCCGGCUCCGGCCAAGGCGACCGCUAAGAAGCCGAAGAAGGCGGCGGGCGGCGCCAAAGCCCGCAAGCCCGCGGGCCCCAGCGUCACCGAGCUGAUCACCAAGGCCGUGUCCGCCUCCAAGGAGCGCAAGGGGCUCUCCCUCGCCGCGCUCAAGAAGGCGCUGGCCGCCGGCGGCUACGACGUGGAGAAGAACAACAGCCGCAUCAAGCUGGGGCUCAAGAGCCUCGUCAGCAAGGGCACCCUGGUGCAGACCAAGGGCACCGGCGCCUCCGGCUCCUUUCGGCUCAGUAAGAAGCCCGGGGAGGUGAAGGAGAAGGCUCCUAGGAAGCGAACGUCAGUGGCCAAGCCCAAGAAGGCAGCAGCCAAGAAGCCCGCGGCUGCUGCCAAGAAGCCCAAGAAAGCAGUGGCAGUGAAGAAGAGUCCCAAGAAAGUGAAGAAGCCAGCAGCUUCUGCCACCAAGAAGUCGGCAAAGAGCCCUAAGAAGGCAGCCAAGGCUUCCAAGCCCAAAAAGGCGGUGGCUGCCAAGAGCCCGGCCAAGGCAAAGGCAGUGAAGCCAAAAGCUGCCAAGCCCAAGGCGACCAAACCCAAGGCAACCAAAGCAAAGAAGGCAGCCCCCAAGAAAAAGUAAACCCCUGACCUGCUGCUUUUCAACCCAACGGCUCUUUUAAGAGCCACCCAAGAUUUCCCCAAAAGAGCUGAACACAUUUUUAUUCAGUUCUGUGAUGAAAUGUUACCGGUGUUUUUUAAUUUUCACAUGCAAGCACAUCUAGUACAUGCUGAAGGACUUCAAAGGCUUGUAAUAGCAUCAAAAAUUGCCUUAAAUAAUUGCAAUAACAUAGGGGGCAGUUGACGCCUGAAGAAUCACUUACAGAUUAGUUAGGUACUUAAGGGGCUGAAGUCUCUUUUCUUUUAUAGGAAGCACAAACAUAUAGCAGGCACUUAAAUGCUUUUGUAAUCAUAUCUGACUACGGGAGAGGAGAAAUAAGUCAAAGGCAGGGAAAGAGUGCUUGUGUACAGCCAGACUAAGCAAAUAGUACCAAACAUGGGGAAGACACAGGGAAAUAAAAAAAGUACUAACAUGGUCACAAAGAAUUAAACUUAAAAAAUACCUGCAUUAACGAAUUUAGUACCACCUUUCCAAAAA